UAAGCAUUCAAGUUCCGCGCCACAAUAAAAUGAUAGAGAAUAGCGUGAUAUUAAACGUUAUCGCAAUAAAAAAGUGAUAUAAAACGUGCCUUUCGAUAAUCUAAGCACCCACUAUUCGCGUCAGUUUUAAAGUGGGGAGCGCAAUUUAAAAACGAGCUACCCCCUACGUGACUAACUACAGCUAAAGCGGUACUUGUGUGGUAUAGUGUGUUGUGGUGUUGCCGUGAGUCAAUUUUCUCGUGAAAAGAUGUGUAAGGUCGAUACCCUCACAAUUUCCCAUAGUUUUCCAAAACUUAUUGCUCAAAAGAAAUUCAAAGAUAUCCAAAAGUCGAAAAAGGUUAUCAGCGAAAUUUCCGAAAAUGUACCCUCUUAUAGUGAUGCCCUAGCCAUUCUCACCAUUCAUACCAAAAUUAUUCUUUUCGAAAUUGGCAAAUUUAUGAAACAUUUUGAAAAAUCCAAGGCUUAUAAAAUUGUAUUUGGAACUACUCAGCCAGCUCAUUUAGUAACUAUUUUGGCUGUUGCCACUGUAACUUUAUUAAUUUAUCCCCAUGGCGAGACUGUUUCUGAAAAUCCUCCUUCUCCAUUGUUAACUAUGCUGUACCUGGCAUCCUUUAGUAUACACUUUGGUGCCCAAAUCUGGAUGACCUUCGUAUCCGGAUUAGCUUUGUAUUUUUCUUUACCUCGCCACGCUUUCGGGGAAGUACAAAGUGUUCUAUUUCCGAAAUAUUUCGUCCUGAACGCCCUCAUGAGCCUGACAACCCUGACUCUCUUUUUGGAACACAAUAAUGCCAAACUUCAUAUACCUCAAAUAGCAUCUCAGGUGUUUGCGAUGACUUUUUGUUUCCUCAUUGAAACAAUUAUAAGGCAGUAUUUAUCGCCACCCCUUCUGAAACUUAUGGCAGAAAAGAAUGACAUGGAAAAGGCUACCGGCGUAGGGACCGAGGUCGGUGAACAUAACGCUGGAGAAUUAGUAAAUUGUCCCCAUUAUAUGCGAACUUAUAAAAGAUUUAGAAAGAUUCAUAUGACCAUUGCAAUUGGUAACAUUAUCUGCAUGGCCUGUACUGUUUACCAUUUGCAUUAUCUAUCACAAAAGCUGUCUGUUGUUUAAAAUGAUUGAACUAGUGUUCGGAUCUAAAUCCGACCUACAUAUGUUAUGUAUGUAAGUAGUACCUAGAAAGGUUGACGACUGGAUUAUUUUAAAAACAUUUACCUAAAAUAAUAGUGCUUAUAGCAUUUCGUUCGAAGUACGUGAAUAAAAUGACAACUAUUUCAGUAAAACAAUUUAGGAUGAAACUGUGAUACGGCUGAGGCUGUUUUCAAAAUUUCGAAAACAGUCUUUCAGAACGUUUCCUUGGGUCUGAACACGUAGUUCAUAAUCAAGAUUGUUUACGAAUCUCUCUUAUGAUUAGUUUUCAUUAGCAUUUUUUCAUGUAGCUUUAGACGAGUUCCUAUAUCAUACAUACAUACAUACAUACAUACAUAAAUGCAUGUGUGUUAGUUAAUAUUAAAUAAAUUAGCAGUAUUCUUGUUUGAGCCAUUCGCCUAUCUGAGGAAUGUAAUCUGUGCGUAAUUUGGGCUGAGCAUGACAUCUAUUUUAAAUAUAUUAAAUUUAUUAUAAAUAAAAUGCGUUUGUAGGAAAUUAUUUUCGCCGUUAUGCUUUUAAUUAUGCGGCACCAAAUAUACGUAUACUUAAUGAUCAGAUAGUAGUAAAAAUAGUAAAUAAAUUAUGUCACAAUUUAAGGAGAAACUGCCUCGAACAGGGGAUGAAAAAUCGAAAACAUUUCCCAAUUUAAACUGUUUUAUAAUUACCUACUCGAAGUAAGUUUAAUUAAUUUAUUUAUUUUUUUUUUAUGUCUUGAGUCUAAGUUUGGUUCGUUUAUUGUCCAUUUGUGGCUUUAAUAUAUCGUCGGCAUGUUAAAGUAAAUUAAAUUAAUUUCCAUUUGCAUUUAACUUAUUUAAAUUUAAUUAAUUGGAAAAUGUUGUGAUAGAAAAUAAAAGUUCACAAAGACUGUUGUUAACAUACUAACGAUUAGUUAUGUAAGCACUAUAUUUAUAUUUGGAAAUAAAGUUAUGUGUUAUUAUAAUAAUGGAAGUUUGUUAUUUAUUUGUGACACUUGAUAAACCUAAAUAAAAUAAUUGUAUGUAAUGCCGCUGUGGAAAAUGUGCGUGACACUGUCGUUUAAAAUCGGGAUUUUUAAUUAAAAAUCAUAGCUAAUCUAUCCAAAUUUGGACGGGUUCGACUAGUAAUAUUAA